AUGGCCGACGAGCUCGACCCCGUCCCCGCUCCCCUCCUCGCCGACGCGCUCUCCGUCUCGACCGACGUCAUGCACGCGCUCGCCGACGCGCACGCCGGGCCCUUGGCAGCCGUGCGCGAAGUUCCCGCGCCUGGCGAGGACUCGCCCAUGGUCGACGGCACGCGCACCACCGACGCGACCCCGCACGCUGACGACCCGGCGUCGAGUGCUCCACUUGGCGGCGCGCUGCAGCCGGCCUCGAGCGCAGACGACGCCAUGCCGCCUGCUGCACAGCCCCCAAGGCCCGCGACGCCGCCGCGCACCUCCUCGUUCGGCGCCCUCCCUUCGUCCUCGUCCUCGUCGCAACACACCAUCACGGCCGCCAUGGCGACCCUCUCGCCCGCCGCCCACCCUUCCUCGCAGCACCACCUCACCGAGACCGAGCUCGCCGAUGACUCGCCCGACCCGUUGCGCAUCAUGGCCUCGUCGUCGGCGGCCCGCUCGUCGAGGACCCGCAGCCCAUCCGCCGGCCCGAGCCGCGACCGCCUGCAGAGCUCGCCGACCUCUACGCGCUCUCGUUUUCGGUCCAAGACGCCCUCGGCCGCGCUCGGCGGCGGCGCCAUCGGCGAGAACGUCGGCCCGCAUUCGUCGUCGUCGUCGACCGCCGCGCCGCUCACCACAUCGCGCCGCGGCAGCCGCGCACCGUCCGUGCCGCUCUCGCUCGCCGGUGCCCGGGCACGCGGUAUGAGCACCGGCCCCGAUGCCGCCGCGCCCGACUCGGACGACGAGCUAGCGCUCGGCGGCGCGCCGACCCACCGGCGCUCGUCCGGCGUGUCGACCACGGGCCGGCGCGUACAGACGCUCGCGUACGUCGAGAUCCCGCUCGCCAAAGGGUCGGCGGUGGGCAUGCCGAGGGCGAGCGGCGGGUCGGCGAGGGCGGCGACGGGCAAGGGCGGUGAGGGCAAGGCCAAGCCGAGCAGCGAGCCGGAGCAGGAGGGGCAGAGACGGGCGAGGACCGACCAGCCUUUCGAGUUCGACUUUCCUGCACCUCGCUCGCGCCCUUCGAGCGGCUCCCCUUUCGCCUCGCCCAACCCGCCUGUCGCCGCCUCAACCCCUUCCACCACCGCGCCUGCACCCUCUCGCACCAAAGCGAGCCCCACCCUCCCCCUCCACACCGAGCCGCCGCACCCACAGCCGCCGCACGAGCCCAUCCCGCCCUCGUCCCCCCUCACCUCGCUCCCGCCGUCUCAGCUCGACCGCACCUCGCCCGCACCUCCCUCGGCGGUGCGCGGCAAACGUCCUCGUCGCUCGGCCGCAGCCGCUGUCCCCGCCAUGAAGGACGACAGCUCGAGCGACGGCGAGAGCAGCAGCGACGACGAGGAACCCGAGCGCGACAGCGGGCAGCCCGGCAGCUCGAGCGCGACCGAGCUCGCCGCGAGCCCGAAGAAGAAGGUGCGCGUCGCUGGAGCGGCGGCGGCGGCGGCAGCGUCGGCGCCGGCAAAGACCAAGAGGCGGCCGCCGACCGUCAAGAAGGCGGUCGCCGCCGCGGCCAAGCCGCCCGGGUCGGUCGGGCGCGCGCCAAAGGCGGCGAUGGCGGCGUCGGGCAAGGGCAAGGGCGGCUCGAGGCGAGGGUCGGCGGCGAGGUCGAGCUCGUCGAGCGACGAGGAGGAGGACCGGGCGGCGAGUCGGCGGGGCAAGGGCAAGGUCCCUGCCGCGGCCAAGGGCAAGGGCAAGGAGAAGGAGCGAGAGAAGAAGGGGGCGGGACACGACAUCGAGUGGGACGAGACGCAGGCGCUCAAGCUCGCGGCGGCUGAGGCCAACCGCGGGACGAGGCGCCGCUCGAGCAUGCGCGCGACGCUCAAGGAGGCCUCCUCAUCCUCGUCCUCAUCUCUAAGCGAGUCGGAGGCGACGGAGGAGGACUCGCACGUCGAGUCGGACGACGCGUCGAGGGCCAAGCCGCACCUGUCGCCCAAGAAGCGCGCUCGACCGCCCACCAAGGUCAAAGUGCGCUCGUCGUCAACCGGUACGCCCAAGCGCGCCAAGCCGUCCAAGUCGAUCGAGGUCAAGGACAAGAACAGGACGAAGCAGCUUGCUCCUCCUUCUUCUUCGCCGACAAAGAGCUCGUGGCUCCCUCCUCCCGGCUCGUUCGGCAGCCAGGUCGGCGGCAACGACCGCGCCGCACCGCCGCAGACGUCCGAGGAGCGCGCUCGCGACUGGAACCUCAACGCGCUCCCGCGCGACCGACCCGUGUGGGCUCACAUUCGCAAGGCGGGCGUCAAGGAGGGCUUCUGGUGGCCUGCGCAACUCGACUGCCCGCACUGGCACACGCCGUUGCGGAUCAAGCUCCUCCUCGACACCGACUCGACCAUCCUUGAGCACAGCUCCGACACGAUCGAGUUCACCUCGCCCGACCAUGACGACCUCGUCACCUUCCGCCACCAGCUCAAGCUCCGCUUCGACCACGCUACUUUCCGUGACUCGCCGGACGUGUCGGCGCCCUCGGACGCCGCCUUCAAGAGCGUGCUCGGCGACGCCGUCAUCAAGUACGCGGGCCCGGGCGAGUCGGACGACGACGACGAGGGCCUGCUCCCGCCGUCGAGCAUCGGCACGAGCGCCAACAAGCCGAGCAGCCAGGCGCGCGUCGCAGUCGAGGAGCAGGAGUCGAGCGAGUCGAGCGAGGAGGAGGAGGUCAAAGCGCCAGUGCUCGACGACGACGAGCGGUGGCUUGAGGGAGGAGGCGAGGACGCAGGCGUCCGGUUCCCCUUCUUCUGCCUCGCUCGCCAGCAGCGCACGUGGUGGGCCGCUCGAGCGGCGAGCUACGAGCAGCCGUCGCCGAGCAAGGGCGGUAAGCGGGCAACCCCGGGCAAGUUCGUCGUCAAGUACACGGACGGCUCGGUCGGCAAGGUGUCGCGCAAGGACCUCCUCACGCCGACUGACUCGGCCUUUUUCACCGUCGAGAUGGGCAAGACCGAGCUCGCCGUGCCCAAGUCGUACGUCGCCAACCUGCGCGAGUACUGCUCGACCUCGCUGCCGCCCGUCUUCGACAAGAUCAUCAAGGAACGGCUUCCCCUCGCCGCCCCGUUCAACAACGCCUUCCACGCCGGCGGCAGCAAGCGCGAGCACCUGGCCAAGAUGUCGGCGUUCGGCGAGCUGUCGGCCGAGGCGCUCGACACGGUCCAGGACGCCAUCGACCGGUGGGCGAGCGGCGCAGCGAGCGACGACGGGCAACGGCCGACGGGCUCGGAGCGGUACGAGGCGCUCGAACGCUCGGAGCGCAGCCAGUACCGCGUCGACGUCCUCCUCUCGAUCGCUGUCGCCCUCAACUACGCCGACGACGAGGGGCUCGCCGAGAAGGCCGAGGCGGACCUCAAGGCGCAGGGUGUCGCCAACCCGAGCGAGGAGCAGGUCGAGGAGGAGGCGUUCAAGCUCGCUCGCGGCGAGCUCGACCUCCGUUCGGCGACCAGGACGAUCGACGCCAUCCGCCAGUCUCGCCACAUCGUGUCGGCCUCGCGCGAGCAGAAGGCCAAGGAGAGCCGGACGAGGUCGAGCUGAGGAGGACUGUCUAGCGUUGCAAUUGCGAGAUUAAGGGUUGCGAU